GCCGAGCGCCGCGGGGUCGCGCUGCACAGCCUGCGGCGCAGCGGAGGCGGACCGCAGUCAAGUCUGCAGAGUGGUGGGUCUGUAGCCAGCAAAUUACUUCAUCAUCUAGAUUAUCCAUUCAAUUGAUCCUAAUUAGCAAGGAUAACAAGAAUCGUCCGCACUUCAGCCCCUGCAGGGUGACCAUGUCGAGACCCCGGAAGAGGCUGGCUGGGACUUCUGGUUCAGACAAGGGACUAUCAGGAAAACACACCAAAACUGAGAACUCAGGUGAGGCAUUAGCUAAAGUGGAGGACUCCAACCCUCAGAAGACUUCAGCCACUAAAAACUGUUUGAAGAAUCUAAGCAGCCACUGGCUGAUGAAGUCAGAGCCAGAGAGCCGCCUAGAGAAAGGUGUAGAUGUGAAGUUCAGCAUUGAGGAUCUCAAAGCGCAGCCCAAACAGACAACAUGCUGGGAUGGUGUUCGUAACUACCAGGCUCGGAACUUCCUUAGAGCCAUGAAGCUGGGAGAAGAAGCCUUCUUCUACCAUAGCAACUGCAAAGAGCCAGGCAUCGCAGGACUCAUGAAGAUCGUGAAAGAGGCUUACCCAGACCACACACAGUUUGAGAAAAACAAUCCCCAUUAUGACCCAUCUAGCAAAGAGGACAACCCUAAGUGGUCCAUGGUGGAUGUACAGUUUGUUCGGAUGAUGAAACGUUUCAUUCCCCUGGCUGAGCUCAAAUCCUAUCAUCAAGCUCACAAAGCUACUGGUGGCCCCUUAAAAAAUAUGGUUCUCUUCACUCGCCAGAGAUUAUCAAUCCAGCCCCUGACCCAAGAAGAGUUUGAUUUUGUUUUGAGCCUGGAGGAAAAGGAACCAAGUUAACUGAGAUACUGCUGCUGGAAUGGGCAAGACAUUGCUGCAAAGAAGUCAAGCUUUUUUCAGACAAAAGAAGGUGUGAGGGGCUUGCUUGGUAUGCUUACCUGGGCUUGUGUACCUCAGUGGUUUUUGUGUACUUUUUUCAAUAAAAUAUCAAAGUGGAAGAA